ACCUCGUUGUCAAUCCCUAGACUUCACCGCCGGCCACUGCGACAAUUACCAUUGACAAUGGGGGCGUCCCGUCUCACCAUGCGGUCUCUCCUCGGCCUUCUUUUCCUCUUGUUCGUUCAGCUCACCUCCGCCCUGAAAUUCGACCUCUCUGCCGUGAGCGGGAAGAAUGAGCGAUGUAUACGCAACUUUGUUUUUAAGGACCAGCUCGUGGUCGUCACGGCUAUUGUGAGCGGGAACAAGGGUGAUGGACAGGUCGUCAACAUGCAUAUCAAGGAUGCAUUGGGUAAUGACCACGGCCGCCCCAAGGAUAUUGAGGGCGAGACUCGCCAGGCGUUCACUUCUCCCGCCGAUACUGCCUUCGACGUCUGUUUCGAUAACCAGCUCACCACUCGUAAAGCUAUUGCCAACCCUUACAAAUCCAUUGAACUUGAUGUCGACAUCGGUGCCGAUGCCCGUGACUGGUCCAGCAUCCAGGUUCAGGAGAAGCUCAAGCCUGUUGAGACUGACCUCCGUCGUAUCGAGGAAAUGGUGGCCGAGAUUGUCAGCGAGAUGGAGUACCUGCGGGCUCGCGAGCAGAAGCUGCGCGACACCAACGAGAGCACGAACGAGCGUGUGAAGUGGUUCGCUUUCGGUACUAUGGGCAUGCUGGUUGGAUUGGGCGCUUGGCAGGUAGUUUAUCUGAGGGCUUACUUCAGCUCGGUUGUUCGUCGAAACGAAGUCAACCAAAACGAUCGCGCGCCGUCCACGGCCCCAGAGCAUCGCAAGAACCAGACGAACAAGCCUCCUAAUCCCAAUGUGCCUAAUACCACUUCCACCAUGACCAAGGAUUUCCCCAAGGUGGGUGCGAAGUCGGCACCCCCGGAGCUUUUGAACUCGGUCGACCCGAACUACAAGCCGGCGGAUCCUUACCCCGGAAAAGUCGAGCACUUUACCGGAGGUAGACAGGAAACUGGGGCCCAGAAGCCGGAACUCGGAGUCGGUGAGAUGGAGGGUAUCACCUUCAAGGUUGAGCCCCUGCGUCGGACUGGCGAGGAUGUGACUACCAUGAGGGCUCGGUUGUUGUACCAGAGCCGCAAGCGCGGUAUCCUUGAGUCUGAUCUUCUGCUGUCUACGUUCGCCAAUGUCUACCUGGCUGAGAUGAGCAAGGAGCAGUUGCAGGAGUACGACCGGUUCCUUGACGAGAAUGACUGGGACAUUUACUACUGGGCCACGCAGGACCCUCCGGCUGAAGGUGCUGAGGGCGCCGCCUCGUCUACCGAAUCGGGUGCUCAGGAUACGCCCACGGAGACCUGGAAGCGUACUGGAGCCAAGAGCGGCGAGUGGGCGCAGACAGUUGGCGCUUUCAAGGCUGCAUACCGGCCCGUUCCGUCACGAUGGGCCGACUCGGAUGUGCUGCGACUGCUGCGCGAGCAUGUGCGGGAUAACAGUGCCACCGGAUUCCAAGCUGCGAAGAACAAGAGGACGGGGGGCGCUGGACUGGGACGGAUGCCGAAUGUUCAAGUACUCAUCAUGGCUGAGCAGCUGGUCCUUCGCGGUACCCUUGAGGGUCACAAUGGCUGGGUUACCUGCCUGGCUACCUCUCUGGAGAACCCCAACAUGCUGCUCUCCGGCAGUCGCGACAAGACCCUGAUCAUCUGGAACCUGACCCGCGACGAGCAGGCCUACGGUUACCCCAAGCGCAGCCUUGAGGGUCACUCUCACAUCGUCUCUGACUGUGUGAUCUCCUCCGACGGUGCCUACGCUCUGUCCUCCUCCUGGGACAAGUCCCUCCGCCUGUGGGAGCUCUCCACUGGUGAGACCACCCGGACCUUCGUCGGCCACACCAACGACGUUCUCUCCGUUUCCUUCUCCGCCGACAACCGCCAGAUUGUCUCCGCUUCCCGUGACCGCUCCAUCAAGCUCUGGAACACCCUUGGUGACUGCAAGUUCACCAUCACCGAGAAGGGCCACACCGAGUGGGUUUCCUGCGUGCGCUUCAGCCCCAACCCUCAGAACCCCGUCAUCGUCUCCGCUGGUUGGGACAAGCUUGUGAAGGUUUGGGAGCUCGCUUCCUGCCGUCUCCAGACCGACCACAUCGGUCACACCGGCUACAUCAACGCCGUCACCAUCUCCCCCGAUGGAUCCCUCUGCGCCUCCGGUGGCAAGGACGGCACCACCAUGCUCUGGGAUCUCAACGAGUCCAAGCACCUCUACUCCCUCCACGCCGGUGACGAGAUCCACGCCCUCGUCUUCUCCCCCAACCGUUACUGGCUCUGCGCUGCCACCUCCAGCAGCAUCACCAUCUUCGACCUCGAGAAGAAGAGCAAGGUUGACGAGCUCAAGCCCGAGUACAUCGAGAAGGGCAAGAAGAGCCGCGAGCCCGAGUGUGUCAGCUUGGCCUGGAGCGCUGACGGCCAGACCCUGUUCGCCGGUUACACCGAUAACAAGAUCCGUGCUUGGGGUGUCAUGUCGAGGGCAUAGACGGGUUCGGAAAAAAACCGCGUUGUGAGAGGAACUUUUUAAACCAUACCUUAAACAAGAUAACUUACUCAUUUCUGUUUUUUAUUCCAUCAUCUUUUUUCCACACACAUACACACACACUCAAAAAUGGGCUGGCAUUGGUUGGGAUCUAUGAGACCAUGAGCAAAAUGAAGUAAUCCCCGAGGUUAUCCGUUCCCCGCCCCCCUGGCCGACAGGUGGGGCGCGGGGGAGGG